AUUUCGCUACAAGUUACAGUAUUCGCCAGGCAAGCAGCUCCUGAACUCAGACGCGCUUAGUAGGUUGCCACAAGAAACUUCGGAGCCAACCACGGAAGGGGAGCCACCUGACUACGUUCUGGCACUAGCAUGUGUCCAGGAGGGAGUGGUCUCGGCAGAAGAACUGCAGGCGCUGACCGCAGGUGACCCAGUACUUUCAAAGGUCAUGCAGUACACAAGAGACGGGUGGCCUUCAAGCUCUAAAGCAUUAGAACGAAGCUUACUCCCCUUUUACGACCGCAGACUGGAACUGUCAUUGGCCCACCGUUUGCUGUAUUGGGGCCGUAGAGUUGUCAUUCCAGUCAACGCGCAACAUAGAAUGUUGCACAUGUUGCACGAGACACAUCAAGGAUCAUCGGCGAUGAAAUCAAUUGCUCGGUCAGCUUUCUGGUGGCCAGGAAUGGACCACGACAUAGAACAACUGUCAGCGGGGUGUACAAGCUGCAUCCAAAAUCGACCAAUGCCGGUAUCUGCUCCGCCAGUUAACUGGCCGACCUGCCAGGAAAACUGGUCGAGAGUUCAUCUAGAUUUCGCCGGGCCAAUCAAAGGAAGCAUGAUCCUUGUUCUCGUAGAUGCUCACAGCAAAUGGAUUGAGGCCGUACCAAUGAAACAGGCGACCACAUCUUCGACUAUUACUUGCCUGCGCAGCAUCUUUGGCAGGUUCGGCAUUCCUCGCACCAUUGUUUCAGAUAAUGGGACGCAGUUCACUAGCCAAGAAUUUGCUGAUUUUGCGAACAACAAUAACAUAACCCACCUGCGCACGGCUGCGUUUCAUCCGCAGUCGAAUGGCCUAGCAGAGAGAGCUGUCCGAACUGUUAAAGAUGGGCUGAAGAAGAUGAACCAGGGCAGAUUAGAAGAUUGCCUUUGCAGAUUACUUUUCAACUACCGGAGAACACCCCUUGCCUCGGGCAAAUCUCCUUCGGAACUCCUCCUUGGCUACCAAAUCCGGUCUCGCCUCGACACAUGUUUUCCUCCUUUGGCUGCAGAAAGAUCGGGAACAUCGGAUGACUGGACUCUUGCACCAGACACAAAUGUUUACGUCCGUAAUUUUGGUAAGGGUGAUAAGUGGAAGACGGGCACGGUAAAGUCAGCAGACGGAGCUAGGAUGGUGACAGUGGAAACGCCUGAGGGCCUCGUUCGGCGACACGUUGAUCAAGUUCACACAAGGAAAGACCCACCGGCUACCCAAGGCCACAGGGAAAGUGAAAGAUCGUCCAUCUCGAAAACUCCGCAACAAACUCCCGGAGCAGGGCCAAAGGCAAACGCCGAAACUCGUGAAACGUCACCACCACAGCGUCAGUCAUCACCCCAACCCCUGGACGCACCAGAGAGAAACCGUGAACCUACAGUGGCUACGGAACUCCGACGCUCAACGCGAGAGCGCAGACCUGUGCAGCGUCUUCAGUAUUAUUGAUGGAGAAAUGUUAUAACUGCAGUGUUCUUUUCAUUUCUCAGAUGAAGUCGACCGCUACACGUGCCAUUCUAGGUGGCUAUCUUAUGUUUUCUUACUUUGUUUCCCUUCCCCUCCUUCCUUAACCUGUCUUUAUAUUUC